UUUUUCCCCUCAAUCGACAAGAAAACGUACGAACUUGGAGAACUGAUUAUGUUCUUUGCAUCUGUAUGGCGUAAUAAUGUGUUGUUUUUUUCGUCGCGAUCUUCUUUUUCUUCAUACUCUAUCAAAAGGGACUAUAGAUGUGAGAUUGGGAACGUUUGA